AUGACUCUGAGAGAUAUUCAUAAUAUUUCAGCCAAAUUAAACAAGCCAUCUGAUAAUGUAUUACUUGAUGUAAUAAAUCAACUCAGGGAAGAUAAUGGAGCUGUGGUGGAAAUCCUAGAAAAUGAUAGUGAAUUGUUGGGCAUUUACUUUCAAGAUGCUAGCAUGCUCCAUUAUCUUAAAUAUUAUCCUGAGGUGAUAUUCAUUGAUGCUACCUACAAAUUAAACAAUCUAGUUCCUAGGUCAAGUGAAAAGUUUCAUUCUAGUACCAUAAAAGAUGAUGAUGAAAAUUUUCAAGAACCAGCUAUUAAAAAUCUAAAGCUUAAUGCGGAAGAAAAUCAUAUGAAGGUUAUGAAUAUACUAAAUUCGAUAGUUGGAGAGGAUUAUAAUUGUAUAAACAAAAAAGAUGAUGGAGUUAAGACACCAGAAAAAGCAUCGAAAAUGCUAGAGCCUGAUGACAUUCGACCUUUUGGUGGCCCGCCGGAGAGGACGGGCAUGGCUCAAAAUGCCGUUUAUGGUACAGAGGUGGAGAUAGUUGCAAUGACUACUAUGCUCCAGACUAAUAUUUUAAUACAUACUAUUUAUAAAUGGGCAUACUAUAUGCCCAUUAAAAAAUUAAGUAAUAUUAAAAAAUUUAAUGUAAAUAUUUAUUUAAUAAAUCAUAGCGAACAUAUUGAUCGCAUAAUUAAUUUUAAUUAAUAUUUAUAUCGCAUAUAGCAUAUAUUAUUUAUAUCGCAUAUAUUAUUAAUUGAUUUUUUUAUCUUUAUAUUUAC